CGAUUCAGAUCACGUGAUGCAACUUUUCCCGCGUGAGCCCGUUAAGGUUAUGCCGUUAAAUAGCCAAACCUGAUCGAAGAAGGGCUUCACAAAUCUCUUCUCUCUAAUUGGUUUUAGUGAUUCUUGGAAGAGAAGUUAGUUACACGAUAAGAGACAACAAUGGCGGAAAGAUCCUUCUCUCAGCUCCCGAUCUCUUCUUCUUCUUCUUCUCACAUUGGCAGGAGGACUCAAAACUCCCGGAGAGGGAUGUUUCCGGUGUCGGAUUAUUGGAUCCACGCGAUUCCGGUGAUCGUUUUUCUCUGCUUCUUCACCCUCUGGAUCUUUUCACACUCAGUGAGCUUAGACAUGAACGAUGGAGAGAUAAUGUCGAUACAUCGUCUUGAGAAAUCCAUGGCAGCCGUGAGAAACGAGUCUCAUGUCAGCUUAGCGAUUCUUGCUUCCUCUGCUGUUUCACCUGCAGCCUCAGGUCUCGUCGUCUCUACCAAUCAGAACCUGACAACUCCUCAUCACAACGCUACUCUAUCGCACAACGCAACCCUAUCUCAGAACGCAACCUUAUCUCACAACGCUACCCAAUCGCUGAACGAAGCAAAGCAAUCCACGGUCAACAAAGCAAAGCAAGCCACACCACACGCCAGCUAAACUCUGACCGGAGAU